AUGUCGACUUCGGACUGCUCAAACAUCUCAGACGUCUCAGACAUUGACUGCCGAGCCCAUCACGGUCAUUCAAGUUCCGAGUUCGCUCCCAAAGGAAUCCUUAGACCGCGGAGACUGAUGACCGUCCCUAAACAGCUCUCAUUCGACAUUCCUCCGUCUCCAGUACCAUCGGCAAAAUCCAGUUGUGUAUCUCAGACCGGUUCUUACCACAUGUUUGAACGUCCAGCAAGAGCGUUGCGGGUCAGAAGAGAGCCCGACCGGUUCAGAUUGGCACUUCUUCAGCAAAGAUCAAAUUCCGAAUCCACUUUUGGAAUUAUGCCACUACAAGAAAGAAGUCGUCGCUUAAGCGUCGCACAUAUCCCUAGCAGAGAUCAAGCUCUUUUGAGGAAAAUUCUAGGGCCGCAGGGUUUGAGUUGGAUUAGUACCGAUAAAGGCGAAGCCGCAUCAAAGAAAUCCAUCUCGAUCGGCUACUCCAAUGACUUGGAAGCUCACAAGAUAGACGAUGACUCCGAAGUCCCGUUGAUGGAUGGCAACCAGGAAAUGAUCAGUGGUGGGCGCCUGAUAAAAAGAGAGAUCUUGCAGGACAAAAAACGACACAUGAGCGAUCGCGCUCUUUUCUUCGCCAUUCUCGGAAUAGUGUUAAUGAUACUCGAAAACGAACUGACUGCGGCCGGUAGUUCUCUGUCCAGUUUGUGUCUUAAGUCACUCAUUGUCGGGUCAACGAUUGUUCUUGUCGUUUUCGUAGCCUAUUUCCAUAUAAUUGAAGUUCAAUUGUUCAUGAAUGCGAAUUCAGCUGACGAUUGGCGGGUGGCUUUAACUCUUCCAAGAAUGGUUCAGAUAGGAGGUGAGCUAUUUUUAUGUUCACUAUGCCCGCUCCCUUUCGAGAUAGGCCACUGGAGUCGUGGCAGAGUAAUUUCAAGGACACUUCAUUCCUUGAAUGUGUUUGUCUCGAUCGCCAUGUUUUUUCGUCUGUACUGGCUCUGCCGAGUUAUGCUGCUUCAUUCAAGACUUUUUACCGAUGCAAGCAGCAGAAGCAUAGCAGGUCUGAAUCGGGUUAAUUUUAACGCUCGAUUCAUUCUGAAGACGCUCAUGACGCUGUGUCCAGGAAAAAUGUUGAUGAUUUUCACGGCAUUUCUCUGGGUGAUGGCCGGCUGGAUUCUCCGUCUUUGUGAGAGGUUGAGCAUGAGUCACCGUAAAGACAUGGACUAUAUUUCUUCGAUAUGGAUGGUAGCUAUCACAUUUCUGUCUGGCACUUGUGCCUCUUCGAUGGUCGUAGCGGUGGUGGCGAGGAAGCUCGAGUUGACCAGAGCAGAAAAACACGUUCAUAAUUUCAUGAUGGACAACCAGUUAACGAAAAAGUUGAAACAUUCGGCAGCAAACGUGCUGAGAGAGACGUGGCUGAUAUAUAAAUUCAGAAAGAAAGUUGAAAAGAUCGAUUAUGCUCGGAUUCGUCAACAUCAACGGAAGUUCCUCGUCGCUAUCUAUGAAAUGCGUAAAGUGAAGAGAGAUCAGCGGAAAUUGGCGGAGAAUUUCGUAUCGUUGGGAGAUAUUGCAAAAACCUCGUCGAACACAUACGAUCUGAUCCAGGACGUCCACUCGACACAGGAAGGCCUUUCGCUGAGGAUCACUGCCAUUGAGCACCAACUGAGCGACAUUUCGCGUGAGAUCGGCGCCCUUUCGGAUUUCAUGCGAUCCAGAAAGAGGAGCGAGGCCAGUGACGAGCAGAGCCCAUCGCAUCCGUAUCGAAGACGGAUAGAAACGGUUCUCGCUCCUUAG